CUAAAUUAACAGGUAGACAAAGGGCGCCAUCCAUGCAUGCAUUCCCUUAAUAAUUAGUAAUGAGGGAUAGGUUGUUAUUGUGAAUUGUGAGGCAUAAUAAUGGGGAAGAAGGCGCCGCACUCGCCGGACAUAGAGGCGGCCCGACAUUGGCAUCCACCGCAGGGAGAGCAAUGGAUGUCAUGGCUUGUCCCAGUAAUAUUCGUUAGCAACAUAGGCAUGUUCGUCUACACCAUGUACCUCAAUGAUUGCCCUGAUUACUUGAACAAAGACUCAUGUCUCUUCUCAAAACAUUUGGGCAGAUUCUCCUUCCAACCUUUCCGGGAAAACCCUCUCCUCGGCCCUUCUACCCGCACCUUGCGGAUAUUAGGCGCUCUUGAAGAGGAUGGAGUCUUGGAGAAACACCAAGCAUGGCGUUUCUUCACCUGCAUGUUUCUUCACGCCGGAGUUGUCCACGUUGUCGCCAAUAUGUUCAGCCUUCUCUUCAUAGGCAUUCGCCUCGAGGAGGAAUUCGGAUUCUUGAGAAUCGGAGCCUUGUACCUGCUUUCUGGUUUUGGGGGAGGCUUGUUGUCUCUCAUACAUUUGAAAGACACGGCAACGUCCAAGACCAUAUCGGUCGGCGCUUCCGGUGCGCUUUUCGGUCUUCUGGGAGCCAUGCUUUCCGAGCUUCUAACAAACUGGACAAUCUAUGCAAACAAGUGUGCAGCUCUUAUAAGUUUAUUGAUCAUCAUUGGCCUAAAUUUGGCCGUUGGAUUCCUUCCCCACGUGGACAAUUCAGCUCAUAUAGGAGGAUUUCUGGCGGGCUUUUUCCUGGGUUUUGUUCUGUUAAUGCGACCUCAAUAUGGAUAUGUUAGCCGCAAGUAUGUGCCUGCAGGCUGUGAUAUCAAACGCAAAGCUAAGUACAAAUGCUAUCAGUACUUUUUCAUGGUGUCUUCUGUCAUCAUCCUACUCAUCGGAUAUGCUUAUUGCCUAGCUAGAUUGUACAUAGGAAAGCCAGAGGAUUUUUCCUUCCUAAAAAAGUCACCAAGAUGAAUGCCUCAGUCCACAUGCCAAAGCCACUUCUUCAACGUGUAUCUCUCUCUCUUUCUCUUUCUCUAUAUAUAUAUAUAUGUCCUAGUCUGCAACUCUUUCUUCAUUGCAGGGCAUGAUUAUAUUAUUCGUGCUCAAUCCAGAAGAAAUAGCAGCCAAACUGCAGCAUGAAAUUAUUUGACAUGCUUGCUAGCUACACGUGUAUCAAAUCAGUGUAUGCCUUUGGCUUCCCACAUACAAGGCUUGAGAAACUUAUUGAAUAUAAUGUUGACCUCAUUUAUGGGAUGUAAAAUAGUAUUCAAGUGCAUUAGUUAUCAUUUA